AUGGAGCCCAAUGCCACGUUCCCCGCCGGGCUCACGGUUGCAGCUGAGCACCGGCUCCGACUCAUCUUCGCUGGGAUCUGCGGCCUCAUCCUGCUGGUGGGGCUGCUAGCCAAUGGGCUCAUGCUGCUGGUGGUGGGCCGGGGCCCCGGCGCCCCCCGCCCACUCCUCGCCCUGACCAACAGCCUCAUGGUGAACAUCACACUGUCGGACUUGCUGUUCCUGGCCUGCGUCGUGCCGGUGCUCCUGCUGAGCUUCCUGCGGCAGAACUGGUGGCUGGGCCCAGCCAUCUGCACCGUCAGCCAGGCUGCCAACACAGCCACCAUGUUCUGCACCUUCUACAGCAUGGUGGCCACGGCCCUCCUGCGCCAUGUGGCUGUGGCCUGGCCUGAUGUGGCUCUCCCGGCCAGCCGGGGUGCCUGCCUACUGCUCUGCGGGGCCAUGUGGAUCUUAGGCCUGACUGCCUCACUGCCGAACUGGCUAUUCCAGCGGGUGGUGGUGGAAGAGGAGACAUCGGGGGCCCAUGGAGCACAGGCCUGCCUCUUGCUCCUGAGCCCUGCUCGGACCUCCUGCUACUUCACCCUGCUGGGAGCCCUGGCCUUCCUGCCUUGCGUGCUGGGUCUGGGUUGCUCCUUCAGCCACGUGGGCUGGCUGCUGCGGUCACGGCCCAGCGGUCCUGCAGGGGAGAGCGCCAGGGAGCACUACGAGAACACGAGGCUCAUCCUCGUGGUGCUGGUGGUUUUCGUGCUGAUGUGGGGGCCCUGCUCUGUGCUAGGCUACGUGGCAGCUAUGGGCCACUGGCCGGCCACGGCACCCCCAGCCUCUGCACCAUCAUGGCCUACUCCAAUUGUGCCGUCAGCCCCAUCCUCUGCUUCUACCUCUCCCGCCCCUUCCGGGCAGGACUCAGGGAGAUGUUCUGUGGGCCAAUGA